AAUAAACGGCAGGCUUUUGCUAGGACUGGUAAUUGCCAAAGAGAACUAAGGUGGCCUAUGAAAGGCCCAUUUAUAGAACAUUGCAUGAACACAGAACUGUGUGGAAGUUGCUGAAAACAAUUCCAGAUUUGACCUCUCAGCUAACUGAUGAAUAUCUGAAAAUACUUAGUAAGAGUGUCAUUUCCCAAACCUGGGUCAAAGGCAGUACAGUGGUUGGAAAUGAUGGAUUUUAUAUAAUACUGAAAGGUUCAGCUCGACCUCAAACAAAGGUAUAUAAAGAUGUGAUUGAUGAAAAUGAGUCAACAUCUUCUUUCAUAUCUCAGAAUUUCCAAGGAUGGUUUUUUGAUGAAAACUUCAAAAACAUACCUGCUGAGAUGCACACACCUUCAUCUAAUCCAAAGCUUCAACAAUGGAGUGCCUUUGGAACCCUGGAAGUUAAAGCUCAGACCGAUUCAGAAACAAAGGAGUACACUGUGAUCACAGUAGAAGAUUGUGAAAUUCUUAAAAUCCCAGCAAAGGAUUUUUCAAGGUUAAAAUCGGAAAAAUUAAAACAUGAAAAUAAAGAAAAGGUGAAAUUAAUUCAUAAUUGUCCGUAUUAUGAGGAAUGGCCUACUUUAUCCAUAUGUAAGCUAGCUGCACUCAUUAAAUGGAAGAAAUUUCCUCCAGGUCAUGUGAUAGUGGAAAGCGGGAAGAUAAUUACUUUUGUGGCUUAUAUUAAUUCUGGAUAUUGUAAUGUUUAUAGAAAUAUUAUAGGACUUAUGAAACUACAACCCAAAAAAGUGAAAAAAAUUCAAAAACUUGUUUGUAUGGGUACACUUAAGGAGAAGGAAUCCUUUGGUGAGAUUAGUAUUCUUCUUCAAGUUCCUUUCACAUGCACAAUAGUUACUGGAGAAGAGGUUGAGAUGGCGAUAAUUGAAGAUAAGGACCUAUUUGAAUUAGACCCAGUGACCAAGCAACUCAUGCUCUAUACAGCUAAGCCAACUUUUGAUCAUCUGAAAGAUGAGGAUAUAAAAAAUGUAUAUUUGCAAAGGGAACAAAAAGAGGAAUGGAAAAAUUUCAAGGAUAAAACAAUGAAAAACUCCUUGUAUUAUAAUGGAAUUAUUCCAGGCUUUGGAAAAUGGGACCAUCGCUGGACCAGCAUUCCUAGGAAUCUCAAGAAUACUCUAAUCAGUUAUUAAAAAUGUCAACUCGUAGGAAAUGGGGAUUUCAGCAUGGAUUAUUAAUUGCUUUUGUUACUAACUUGGAAUCACUAUAAUGGUCUGUCUAGUUACCUUACAAUUCUAUUUCUUCCUGCAGACCAGCUUCCUACUAAUUAGUUGGUAUAAAUUCCUACUAAUAUAUUUAUAUUGGACAACUGAA